CAUGGCUUGUAAUUCUGUUGCAGCUCUCGCUCCCAGCUGAUAGGGUGACGUGGAGUUUGGAGGCUCACAGAUUGGCUUUUUGAUUUGGCUUCUUGCUGCAGUUGUGCAAACCUCGCUGGCUCCCAGAAAUCAGGCUCAGUGCUUUGCUGUGCACCGUAAUGCUGGGAAGCCUGGACCGAGACUCGAUGGUGUGAGAGCGGGAGCAGGGAAAGCCCGGCAGAUUCAGUGCCAAUCUGGGGUACAAUCCAUUUUCUCAUCUUCUCUCCCUCGACCCCCGUUCAUCUCCGUCCUCUUCCCCCUUCGCCAGAUCUCCCUUCCCUCGCCAAACUCCACCGCACGGAGCUGAAGAUCGAAAGGCUGGUGGAUUUAUCAACAUUUUACCUCCACCCCCCACCCCCUUUUCCAGAUGCACCUCCCCGCUCACCCUGACAGCUGCAAAAGAGAGCUCAGGUUUUGUAGCCAGCGAGGCAACUUGGACUGACAUGCAAAGGCGACCCCCCCCCGUGCCCGCACACCCCGCCGGUGAAUCACCUGGAGAUGCCAUGAGCUCCCUUUAGGAGCCGGAAGGAUUUGUACUGGGGAGACAGCGGGGGCCCCCAACCCUCCACCAAAAAAAAAUAAAGUCAGGAAAGCAACCAGGAAAGGGGUUCUCGGCCUUUUUGGAUCUACACAGUGGAAGUUGCAUCUUGUGUAUGGCGUGGUUAAGCUUGCAACCUGUCACCUCGGCCUUCCUCCAUUUUGGGCUGGUUACUUUUGUACUGUUUUUGCAUGGUUUGCAGGUGGAUGCUGGCCUGACGGGAGACUCAACCAGUUCAGUACAAAACAGCUCGUGUUCAGGAUCUUUUGACUGCAAGGAAGGUGUUAUCUUGCCAAUAUGGUACCCAGAAAACCCAUCCUUGGGGGACAAAAUUGCCCGUGUUAUUGUAUACUUUGUUGCACUGAUCUACAUGUUCCUUGGAGUCUCCAUCAUUGCAGAUCGUUUCAUGGCAUCUAUAGAGGUCAUUACAUCACAAGAAAAAGAAAUCACAAUUAAGAAACCUAAUGGAGAGACCACAACAACCACCAUUCGUAUUUGGAAUGAAACUGUUUCCAACUUGACCCUCAUGGCUCUGGGAUCCUCUGCUCCUGAGAUCCUUCUGUCUCUGAUAGAAGUGUGUGGGCAUGGAUUCAUAGCUGGAGACCUGGGGCCAUCUACAAUUGUUGGCAGCGCUGCUUUCAAUAUGUUUAUCAUCAUUGCCAUCUGUGUCUAUGUGAUCCCUGAUGGGGAGACCAGAAAGAUAAAACACCUGAGGGUUUUCUUUGUCACAGCGGCAUGGAGCAUUUUUGCUUACAUUUGGUUGUAUAUGAUCCUUGCUGUCUUCUCUCCAGGUGUGGUUCAGGUCUGGGAAGGUCUGCUCACACUUUUCUUCUUUCCGCUUUGUGUCCUUCUGGCUUGGAUAGCAGAUAGACGUCUACUUUUCUAUAAGUAUAUGCACAAAAAGUACCGUACUGACAAGCACAGGGGCAUUAUCAUAGAAUCAGAAGGUGAUCACCCUAAGGGAAUAGAAAUGGAUGGCAAGAUGAUGAACUCCCACUUUCUGGAUGGAAACUUAGUGACUAUAGAGGGAAAGGAGGUAGAUGAAUCUCGUAAAGAGAUGAUCAGAAUCCUUAAGGACCUGAAGCAAAAGCACCCAGAGAAAGACUUGGACCAGCUGGUAGAGAUGGCUAACUACUAUGCCUUGUCUCAUCAGCAAAAAAGCAGAGCCUUUUAUCGCAUUCAAGCCACCAGAAUGAUGACAGGAGCUGGCAAUAUUCUGAAAAAGCAUGCAGCUGAGCAAGCUAAGAAGAGCACCAGCUUGCAUGAGGUGCGGCCAGAUGAACCCGAGGAAUUCAUCUCCAAGAUUUAUUUUGACCCAUGCUCCUACCAGUGUCUUGAGAACUGUGGUGCUGUUCUCCUGACAGUGGUGCGGAAAGGAGGGGACAUGUCCAAGACCAUCUAUGUGGACUAUAAAACAGAGGAUGGCUCUGCCAAUGCCGGUGCUGACUAUGAAUUCACAGAGGGGACUGUUGUCUUGAAAUCAGGGGAGACCCAGAAGGAGUUCUCAGUGGGAAUUAUCGAUGAUGAUAUCUUUGAGGAAGAUGAACAUUUCUUUGUGCGACUUAGUAACCUCCGUGUGGUAGAGAGUGAAGAACCUCCAGAGCUCAGUAACUCCCCAUACCCAAAGGCCAUAUUGGCUUCUCCUUGUGUGGCCACAGUGACUAUACUGGAUGAUGACCAUGCUGGCAUCUUCACGUUUGAGUGUGAUGUUAUUCAUGUCAGUGAGAGCAUUGGUGUGAUGGAAGUCAAAGUCCUAAGGACAUCAGGUGCUCGGGGUACAGUCAUAGUACCAUUUAGGACAGUAGAAGGGACAGCGAAAGGAGGUGGAGAAGACUUUGAAGACACUUAUGGGGAGCUGGAGUUCAAGAAUGAUGAAACUGUGAAGACCAUAAGGGUUAAGAUAGUAGAUGAGGAGGAAUACGAAAGGCAGGAGAAUUUCUUCAUUGCCCUUGGUGAACCGAAAUGGAUGGAACGAGGAAUAUCAGCCCUGCUGCUCACCCAAGAGGUGGCUGAGAGGAAGCUGACAGUUGAAGAAGAGGAAGCCAAGAGGAUUGCAGAGAUGGGCAAACCAAUACUUGGCGAGCAUCCCAAACUAGAAGUCAUCAUUGAGGAGUCCUAUGAGUUCAAGAGCACCGUGGACAAGCUGAUUAAGAAGACAAACCUGGCUUUGGUUGUAGGGACACAUUCCUGGAGGGACCAGUUCAUGGAGGCCAUUACCGUCAGUGCAGCGGGUGAUGAGGAUGAGGAUGAAUCCGGUGAGGAGCGCCUGCCGUCCUGCUUUGACUAUGUGAUGCACUUCCUGACAGUCUUCUGGAAGGUGCUGUUUGCGUGCGUGCCCCCCACUGAGUACUGCAAUGGCUGGGCUUGCUUCAUUGUCUCCAUCCUCAUCAUCGGCAUGCUCACAGCCGUCAUCGGUGACCUUGCCUCCCACUUCGGCUGCACCAUUGGACUCAAGGAUUCGGUGACCGCCGUUGUCUUUGUCGCCUUCGGCACUUCAGUACCAGACACAUUUGCCAGCAAAGCUGCAGCCAUCCAGGAUGUGUACGCUGACGCCUCUAUCAGCAAUGUCACAGGCAGCAAUGCAGUCAAUGUCUUCCUGGGCAUCGGGCUGGCAUGGUCAGUGGCAGCGAUCUACUGGGCGUCACAGGGGCAGGAGUUCCAGGUGUCGGCAGGCACUCUGGCCUUCUCCGUCACCCUCUUCACCAUCUUCGCCUUCAUCUGUAUCAGCGUCCUCCUCUACCGUCGGCGACCCCACCUCGGCGGGGAGCUGGGUGGCCCCCGGGGGUGCAAACUGGCCACGACGUUGCUCUUCGUCAGCCUCUGGCUGCUGUACAUCCUUUUUGCCACCCUGGAGGCCUAUUGCUACAUCAAGGGGUUUUAGGCGGUGAAGGGAAGGUGCCGCCAGGGAGAGGGACCCCCUCCCCUAUUACCUCACUGGACACCAGUCCUGGAAGCAUGGUUUCACCAUAGGGGACAGCUGUUCGCUGAGGGCCGCCGCUGCCCUGACUGUCCAAUGGCUGGGUGCCAAAAAGGGCAAAGUCAUCACAGAGUGAAAAACAAACAAAACCCACCCAAAAAGAUAAAAAAAAGAAAAGAAAGCAACAAUGGCAAGUGUUGAAAUAAAACAAUAAACCCAGCCACUGACCCCAUUUAAUGAGAUUAAGAAGUUUCAGUCAUCUCCAAAGGCCACCUCUCACGUAGGGGCUUGUCUGCUUUCCUCCCAAGCACCCCUCCAAUGUAAGGAGAUAUUUUCUUAUUUGUACUGGUUAGGAAUUGCAGAAGGCUGAUCAGGAAUUUUUUUUUUUUCUUUUUUUUUCCUUUCAUUUGCUUGUUGCUUUUUAGUUUGGGGGUGGGGCACGCUGCUUGGUUAUUUUAUUUUUUUCUUUUUUACUACUAAACCAGAAAAAAUGGUUAAAAUCUACUCUAAAGCUUCAAGCUGCCGUCAGUGCUGGAAUUGAACAUAUGUAUUUUUUGAAGCCACAAAAGACUGUGACACAGUCAAAGAACUUUUUCACUAUUACUCGUUUCCUCCCUUGCCGCCUUCCAUCUCUUUCUUUUUUAAGAACAUCACAAGACUGAUAUAUUUUUAAUACAAACACAGACACACAGAUACACACACACACACUCAGUGACAAAAGGCUGGAGCAUGUAGCAUCUCAAUCACCUGCCUGGGCUAAGAAAAAAAGGAGGGAGGGGGGACCCAAACCCCAACCCUCUAAUAUAAUAAGUAUCAUGUAUAUUUUGACUAUGACAUUUCUCUUUGUAUAAUUAACUUUGAGCUUGUGGUAUUGCAGGGAAAGAAAAUUAUGUUAAUUUACAAGUGAUAAAGAAAUAAAUGGCUACCUAGGAAUAGCCAGCCCUUUGCAGGGAGCAAAGGGGGGGUGCCACAGAAAGCAGUACUGGCUCCUUGGCGUGGUGGUGGUGGUGGAUUUGCUGCAUGGUCCUCCUGCUUGGAGGCUGAAAUUAAUUCAGGUAAACCUGGAUAGCAUACCCGUAUGUUCCCAGCGCCAUCUGACUGCAAUCUGUGGCGUGGCUCCCCUUUCACUCAUUUGCUACCCCAGUUUUCACAGUGCCUGCGUCUUGCUGAUGGUCUUUGGCCAUUGGAAGAUACGGGCUUAAAUCCUGCCACCCGCAUCAGGACUCCUGUAGCAUCUUGAGUACCUUUUAGGAACACCAGAGAGACAAAAAGGUGUCCUUUUAAUUUGAAGUGGAUUUCUUUUUAAGGAAAAAAAAAAAAAAAACCAACCCACCACGAGAGUAUGUCAUGAAUUACAUCAAUGGCUGCAAAUUGAAAUGUUGGGUUAAUAAAAAUAAAUAAAAACCAUACCUAUAUCUAUAUAAACACUGUUAUCUAGAAACAUAUUUCUUAAUUGAGAGCCCUUGGAAGUGGAUGUUAAAAACUUAUUAUUUUUAAAGUGUUUUCAAGAAGAAGCUAAUUUCGUCUAUCAAGAAACAGGUGCUGUAAAGGGAAACAUCUUCUUUAUGAAGUUCCCUGUAAUGAGCCAAACCUCAGGAGGUUGCGAGUUAGAGAGGGGUUGCAAAAACGUACAGCUCUGUCUGCUGCAGUGGUUUCUGCUGCCCCAGGAGGCAGGGAAGAGGUGGCCGCAGGUUAGGAAAAAAGCAAUGGGAACAAGGUUGUCACGGACAAAAAAAAGAGAUGUAACAUUAUAGUAGGUGACUAGAUGAGAGGGAUGGUGGUCUGUAAUACACAGAUGAAGUAUUUAUUUUCAUACAAAAUGUUUAUCAGAUAUCUAUAUCUCUAUAUAAAUGCGUAUACACAUAAGGCAGAGAAGAAGGAAACUUCUCAGAGGAGCAGCAGAAGUGUUGUUGGGAGCCCACUGAGGGUGAAAGCCAUUGGGUUUGAAACUAGCAAGCAUCUGACCUGCCUCCUUAAAGUCCCUUCAUCAUUCCUUUGGGAAAGGGCCUGAAAAAGACAAGCAAGAAACUCUGAGGCCGGGCUCCACUGAGCUUGUUGGUCCUUCUGGCCGCGCCAACAGCCACCAAGAGCAGCUGCUGCCACCACCGGCCACCACCACCACUGCUUGCCAGCUGGGGACCCCAGAGUACACAUGUGAUGCUGAAAGAAAAAUUACAAGAGCUCCUCCAAAUGCUUUCUGGGGGGGGGGUGGGG